AUGACAAACGAUUUAAUUAGUUAUUCCUUUCAAACAUGGUUCGGCGCUUUAUUUGGAGCUACUGCUGUUGGUUGUAUUGGUCUUUUACCUAUUUUUAUUGUACCCAAUGAACAAACUAAAAAAGAUAAACCUUAUUUGGAAUUAUUAUUAAGUGUUGCUGUCGGAAGUCAAUUAGCUGAUGUAUUUCUUCAUUUAUUACCUGAAGCAUUUGCUCAUCCAAACGCUUCUUCAGUUAAUAUUGGUCUUUGGACUUUAACAGGUUUAUUUGUUUUCUUUCUAAUUGAACAAAUUUUCCCAGAUGAUGAAGAUGAUUCUUCGAAUGAAACAUUAAAACAAAAUCAAUUAUCAAAGAAUGAAAAUGAAAUUCUAAUGUUAGCAGAAACGAAAAAUCAAAGUUAUUUAAAUUUAUUAGCUAAUUUCAUAGACAAUUUAACACAUGGUGCAGCAAUCGGGGGAGGUUUUGCUGUUAAUUCAUUGGUAGGAAUGACAACACUCUUAGGAAUUGUUGUUCAUGAAAUUCCUCAUGAAAUGGGAGAUUUCGCAAUAUUGUUGCGAUCAGGUUUUGAUCGUUGGGAAGCUACAAAAGCUCAACUUGUUACUGGUUUAGGAGGAAUUUUAGGUGCAUCAAUGGCACUGUAUUAUUCUAAUUCAGUUCACAGUACAUUAUGGGUAUUACCUUUUACUAGUGGUGGUUUUAUUUACGUUGCUCUUGUUAAAACGGUACCUGAUUUGUUAAAAGAAAAUGAUUUAAUACAUUCAUGUCGACAAUUCAUUGGCAUUCUUGCAGGACUCUGUCUGAUAUACUUUUCUGUUCUUUAUAUAGGCUAA